UGGGAGGCCGCGUGUAGCGCGAGGUUGGGGCGCCGCGCAUCGCCUGCAGCGCUUUAGGCCCGUCGGAAGGAGCGCGGGACGGUUCGCCUGAGCGCCGUAACCCAGCCGAGAUGUCUGCAGCGAGGGAGAAGAAGCGGGCCAGGAAGAUGAGGAACCAGCCGGCCAGCGUCACGCUCCCUGCCGAGCCGGGGUCCUUUCCCGGCGGUGGCGGCAGCAGGGCCUGCUCGGCCCCAGGAGAUGUUCGUUCUGAGCAGCAGUAUCAACAGCAUAAAUUUUUGCAUCAGUCACCUGGGCCUCACUAUAGGAAAGACCAAAAUAGAGGAGACUCAAGAGGCAGAGGGAGGGGAGGAUUGCAAGGAGAGCAUCAGAGUUCUGAGGAAAUGCCUAGAUACAUAACAGUGUCUACCUUUGCUCAAGCUCGUGCUGCUGAGAUCAAAGCCAUGCUGAAAGCAGUUGCACAGAAGUCUUCCAACUCUCUAGUUUUCCAGACUCUGCCCAGGCACAUGCGAAGGCGAGCUAUGAGUCACAAUAUUAAGCGCCUACCCAGGCGACUGCAAGAGGUUGCCAGGAAAGAGGCUGAGAAAGCUGUACAUCAGAAAAAAGAGCAGUCCAAGACUAAAUGCCGCAAAGCCAGAAGACGCCACGUAAAUUUGGUAGCAGAUUUUAAUCGCAGGCAAAGGAAAAAUAUUUGGCUGGAAACACAUAUUUGGCAUGCAAAGAGAUUUCAUAUGGUAAAGAAAUGGGGAUACUGUUUAGGAAACAGCCCUACAGAGAAGUGUUACAGGGCUUGUUACCGAGCCAUGACAAAUCACUGCCUUCUUCAGGAUUUAUCAUACUAUUGUUGUUUGGAGUUGACUGGGAAAGAGAAUGAGCUUCUGAGACAACUUGCUCGAAUAUGUAGUGUUGAUGCAGGAUUAACAUUUGGAGCAGCCAGUUGUCUGUCUGGAAGAUUCGAAGGUUCCUUGAAUCUUUACCGAGCAGAUCGCUAUCCUGAGGACAUGCUUGGUCCUGUUACAUUUAUUUGGAAACCGAGGUGUGGGUCUGAAAACAGACAGUUAUGGAUCUGGAUGCAUCCAGCUCUCAAGCAGGACGUAUUGAAUGAGUUGAAAGCAAUUUUCCAGUGUUCAGGGCCUGAGGAGAUCUGUAUUCCUGAGCCAAUUGCAACACUAAGUCAAGAGGAAAAACAAAUGGAUGUUGUUCAGAGCCUUGGCAAAAAAAGAAAGAAGGAGGACAAAGAAGGAGAUAAAGCUGUGCCAGUGAAGAAAAUAAUUGGUGAUGGCACUAGAGAUCCAUUCCAGUCCUACUCCUGGGUCUCACAAACUACUGGCAUUGUGAUCAGCGAUCAAACAAUGGAGAUUCUCAAAUAUCGACUGAUUGGCCCGUUAUCACACUCUGUCCUUACAGAGACCCUGAAAGCUGCUUCUAUCCAAACAGAGAUGGUGGAUUCAGAAUCGAAACUGAAUAACUGGUGGGUAGAAAACUGCAAGGACUCUGAAAAAGUAUCUCUUCAUCAUCGUCAAACAGCUAUCUUUGAGCUCUUAGAAGGGAUAAGUUCACCAUCAGAAAUGCCACCAGGUACAAUACUGGGCCUCACUGUUGGAGAUCCUCGUGUAAAUCUGCCAAAAAAGAAGACAAAAGCCAUUCCAGAUCCGGAAAAGUACCAAGAUAAUGAUAAAGUUAGGCAGCUGUACCUGGAGGGUGUACCCGUUGAGUGUGCUCACAGCUUUAUUUGGGACCAGGACAUCCAUAAGAACGUCACUGAAAAUAAAAUCUCAGAGCAGGUAACUGAUGAGGUGGAUUGCCAUGGAGAAAAUGGAUGGAUGUACAACCCACAAAUAUACUGGCAAAAAGGAAUUAACAAAAUGAGAGCCCAGUUACUGGUACCUGGAUCUCAGCUUGAUUUGGGUCCUUGUGAAUCUAAAAUUCCUAUACUGUUGGUGCAACAGCCAGGAAAAAUGGCUGGAGAAGAUCGACCAGGAUGGGGGAGUGGCUGGGAUAUCUAUCUCCCAAAGGGCUGGGGCAUGGCUUUCUGGAUUCCUUUUAUAUAUCGAGGUGUACGAGUUGGUGGCUUGCAAGAAGCUUCAAAACAUUCUGAGUAUCAAAGAAUACCUCACACUCCAGAUGAUUUCCCUGAUUGCCCAGCAGGAAUGCAGUUUGCCAAAGAACUGGAAAGCAGUCUUCUUGACAAAUUCAAACGACGUCCACCUGCAAAAAGGGCAAAUUAUGUCAAACUGGGCACUCUGUCCCCCUUCAUCUGUCCUUGGGGGCAGCUGGUGAAGAGCUGGGAAGGAAGAAUGAAAGCUUCAGAAGAACUUGUGCAUCGUUCUUCCCCACAUGCUGAGCACUGUGCAACUGAAGGACAUCGGUUUUGUGACCCCAAACCAGAAGUGGUGAAAGAAGCUUCCCCUGAGACUGGUGAGGUAGAGGAGACCAUGGAAAUAAGCUCCGAAUAUUCCAUAAAGACAGAGGGUGAUACAGGCACUCAAGGUUUUGAUGAAAGAGGUGAAACUAUGAGAAGUGACUUUAUUGUUCUCAGGAGUGAGAAAUUACUAAUGCAGUUAUCAGCCUGGUGCUACCCCACUUCUGGAAAAGAUCGGCGGCCUCGCCUUGUUUCUCAGCUUGGAGGAAAGGAAAUGACUGAAGAUGUCCUUUUGCCAAUCUUGAUCAGCUAUCCCAGGGCUCUGGUAUGGGUCAACUUGUCUCUCCUGAGGAAGGGGAACCCUGAAUUGCAUGCCAUGAUUUGCAUCCCAACAGAAGAUGACUUACUGCAUUUAAGCAAGGACAGACUCUUCUGUGGUCCUCAAGAACCCAAGCAUCGUGACAUAUUCAAGCACAAGGUACAGAAGCUAAAAGAGAAUAAGAGGAAGAAGAAAGAGGAAGAUAAUGUGAAGGCUCAAGAAAGCAACUCUCCCAGUAUUCCAGAGAAAGAAACAACUGAGGAAUGUAAAGACCUCAUUCUAGGUCUUUGGUCAGGCACUCUCCCAGAUGUUACUUCCCAUUGCUCCAGAACUCUCUUGGGAUAUGUAACUCGAGGGGAUUUUUCACUAGCUACAGGCUGUGGAGAAGCACUGGGUUUUGUUAGCUUGACAGGGUUGCUUUAUAUGUUAUACAGCCAGCCAGCAGAUAAAAAAGGGCUUGUUUUGCUGAGAACUCCAGCGUCUUUACAGUACAGAUUUGCAAGACUUAGUAUUGAGGUUUAAAUAUCACUGGAAUUCAGUAGAAUGCAAAAUAAACCAAAGUAUGUAUUAUGUCUCCUAUGGCCUUUCUGCUAGGCCUCUAAUUUGAGGAAGUGUUUCUGAACCUUGAGGAAUAUGAAACGACUGGAAAGCUUUGAAGCAUUAUUAAUGGGAAUAACUGAUAUUUCAACCUGGUAUUACUUCUGAUGUCCACAUUGUGCAGGAUUUCUGACAGUAACAUACAUGUCACCGUGAUAUUCUAUAUCUGAGAAGCCUAUUUUUCACCUCAGUGCUAUAACGGUCCUGAAACAAAAUUACAGAUUUUCAUUUUAGAAAUCUUUUGGUGAGACGUCUGAUAAAUUGUAGCUUUCCAGAUCACUGUUCACAUAUAAGCAUGUGUCCUCUGGGCCUGUAUAUAUAGCAAGUGGCUUUUACCAAUUCCUUGAGUCUGAAAAUGUAUGGCUACAGUGGAACAGAACUAAGUAGACAAUUCUAGCGCAGACAGCAGGUAAGCUGUGUUGGUGGAAAAGCUCUGUUUAAAUGAAAUGCAAAUAUAUGAUAGUCCAGCUGCAUAACUUUAAAAUUAUAGCAACUAAAGCUCUUAAAUUGGAAAGCAUAUCAAUUUCUCUCUAUUCUGAGAGAGGAAACUGUCUUUUUGAAAGAUAAUAAGCUUUUUGGAUAUAAAUUGCUCUUGGUGGGUCGACAUACGUUUUCUGUUGUAAGUGGGAAUAUUUUGAUUCUGUGUAACAUUUUAUUUUUGUAUGGAGUGUGCUGGGACCAAGGCUUUCUUCAUUUUGCUGUAGGGUUUAUGGAGGUUGAAGCAGUCAUAUAACCUAUAAAAUGUAUGAGAAUGGGGAGAAAGGUAUUUAAUUUGAUUGGUGAAGGUUGAUUACUUGUUUUUGUUGCUGGUUGGGCUUCUUUUUGUGUUUUUCUUUUUUGUUAAUGGUAACUCUAACCUUCUAGCCAUUCUUGAGUUAAGCAGCAUAAAAAUGAAUUUACAGUAAUGCACUGUAGUUUAAUAUGAGCAUGGUACAAAUAUUUACCAGUUGGUAACAUUAACCUAAAAUGAGACGACAAAUAAAAAUGUAAUCUAUUGUAGAUUCAGGAAUCCUAACGAUUCGGCUUGAUUUGUUGAAGUAAUAAAUUAAAUAUGCAUCAGUUGA